CUUUGCACUGUGUGGUACGUGUUUCCUUUGCAAAUAUUAUGGAGGAGGUAUGUGAAAGCAAGGACUUCUCCUUCCCCAAACAUGAGGAGCAGAUCCUCGAGUUCUGGUCUGAAAUCAAUGCCUUUGAGACCCAAUUGGCUCGAACCAAGGACAUGCCGGAGUAUGUCUUCUACGACGGUCCAGCUUUUGCCACUGGCCUCCCACACUAUGGCCACCUAUUGGCUGGCACCAUCAAGGACAUUGUCACGCGCUACCAGUCCAUGACUGGCCACCAUGUCACCCGCCGCUUUGGCUGGGACUGCCAUGGCUUGCCUGUUGAGACCGAGAUCGAGAAGAAGCUCAACAUCAAGACCCGACAAGAUGUUCUGAACCUGGGAAUUGAUGCCUACAAUGAAGAAUGUAGGAGCUUUGUUACUCGAUAUGUGGAGGAAUGGGAGAAGGUGGUUACUCGCUCGGGGCGGUGGAUCGAUUUCAGGAAUGAUUAUAAGACUAUGGACUUGAAGUUCAUGGAGAGUGUGUGGUGGGUUUUUGCUCAAUUAUAUGAAAAGGGUCUUGUUUACAAAGACUUCAAGGUCAUGCUUUACAGCACAGGUUGCAAGACACCGCUCUCCAAUUUUGAGGCCAGUCAAAAUCACAAGGAUGUGUCUGAUCCUGAAAUAAUGGUAGCUUUCCCAAUUGUCGGUGAUCCGGAUAAGGCAGCGUUGGUGGCUUGGACAACUACUCCAUGGACCCUUCCUAGCAAUUUAGCCCUGUGUGUCAAUCCAAAUUUAACCUAUGCGAAGGUUUGCAACAGGUGUUCUGGAAGAGUUUAUGUCGUUGCUGAAUCCCUGGUUUCAUCUCUACCUAGUGAGAGACCUAGAGGAGCUGCUUAUGACGGUUCAAAUAUUUAUGAAGUGUUGGAGAGAUUCUCAGGGACUACACUAGUGGGAAAGAAGUAUGAACCACUUUUUGAUUACUUCAUGGAGUUCUCAGAUGUGGCAUUUCGAGUUUUGUCCGACGAUUAUGUUAAAGGUGACAGUGGUACUGGAGUUGUUCACUGUGCUCCUGCAUUUGGUGAGGAUUGUUUGAGCCCAAAAGCCAACGAGCCGGUUGACACUGUCGCCGCCUCCAACACAGCGACAAGUAGAGAAAGAGAGGCUUUUGUUGCAAAGCCUGUGCCAGAAGGAGCUACCCCCGAGGUCGCGUUCGCGAUCAUCCGGGAGAAUAUUGAAAAUCAUAGCAGGUGGCUAGCUGCUGAUUUGGCAAGGGAAAACGCGAGAGCAGAUCGGAUCAUACGCGAGGCGGACCAGCGCAUACGCGAAAUAGACCAGCGUCUUUCCCGACAGGCAGAGGAGACUAAACAGCAAAUCACACAGACUGAGAAUACUUUGAUGGCUCAUGCUUCAGUUAUCGCAGAGGAGCAAAACCAGCGCUACAAGGGGAUCAUGGAUGCUAUUGCGAAUCAAACCAAGCAAACAGCGUCAGAUAUGGCAGGUCUUCGCAAGGAUGGAGCAAAUCUCGCAACCGAGGUGGCCAUGCAAAGAGCCGAGUUGAACCAAGCUAAAGAGGUGUUGAACAAGACCAAGGAAAGAACCACACUGUCAGGUGGACAGACCGCCGGACAGAAACAGCAGGCAUCGAAAGGCACUGGAACUCUGUCCGAUCCCGCUGUGUUCAUUCAGUACGAUAGUGAUGGAGCAGAAAAUGUAUAUCAAGAGUUGCCAGGAAGCUACUACGGGAUUGACCAAGCUGGCAACCCGGUUAAGAUAACAGCUCUGUCAAAGGAGAUGCCCAUGCCGACCGUGACUCUACAGCAGCCGGUUACAACUCGCGUUGUACAGGUGGGAGAGAGAGCAACAACAAAUACCAUCCAAGCUAUACCAUUGCAGGCUGCUGCCCGCCAGAAUGUGGCGACACCUCCUCCUCCUGGUCCUGAGUACGUGAGACGUGAUGAGGUGGAAGAAAUGAUCCGUUUGGCCAAUCCCAGGGCCCAGAUGGAUGGGGGGAAGACACUGAGAAUGCGAUAA